CCGUCUUUCAUCAAAUUUCUGACGUCGAUAAAAAUUUGCAAUAUCCUGUCCUAAAGGCAAGGUCAUUCAAGACUCUCGACAAGUAGCCAUAGCACUGACGUCAUUGGGCCUAUCCCAGGGGACUUUGUACUGUUUUGAGUCACAUGAUUGUCAAGAAAUUAAUCGAGCAGGGUGAAAUGGCUAGACUUUGAUGUCAAGCGGAAAAGGAAAGUUAGCUGAGGUAUUCAGGAGAGGUAUCUAUUACUGAGGUUGAAGAAUAGGCAAGGUUUAAAUUCGAGCAGCCUGAAAGUGAAGGAUGACAGAAGUAGAAGGCAGUCCAGUUAUGCCCGAACCAGAAUGGGCCAAGCCAAGAGAUAAGAAUGCACCUCCUACGGAUAACAAGUCUGUGAUAGCUGCCUUGAAGAAAACAGCUUUUGUAGUUGGUACAGCAUUAAUUUGCUUUGCAGCAGCAAGAAACACCAUCACUUGGCAUGUGGAACGUGUUUGGGGAGCCUCAGGGGAUCUGUGGCAGGGAUGGUGGACAAAAUUCCACUCAUUAUUUGGUGGAGAUGAAUUUUUACUCACAGUUGUUGGAACAAAUGUGGUGACAAUUGCUGUAUUUUGGUUGUUCAAUGCAUUUUAUUUAUUCCUGGAUCUUACUGGCUGGCCCAAGUGGGUACUGCAGUAUAAAAUACAGGAUGGAACCAAUCAGCCGCUUGAUCGUAAAAAGCUCAUGCGUGCCGUGAAGUUGGUUUUGUUCAACCAGAUUGUAGUUGGGGGCGUUUUCUCUGUUGUCCUGUACCCUGUGUACACGCGGCGAGGCUGUUCCUUUGGACCAGAAUUACCAUCCUUCCAAUGGGUACUGUUUGAAAUUGCAAUUUUCACCUUAGUGGAGGAAGUUGGUUUCUACUACAGCCACAGGUACAUGCCAAUAAAAAGUAGAUUUUGAA